AUGCUUCACGCAAAAUCUUUAGCCCUCCUAGUUGCGGGCAUCAGCUCUUCUGUAGCCUAUGAGUACUUUACUUUUGACGGCGAGGGUUUUCCUUCUUGCCACAACGUCAGCGAGGUCUACGAUGCGUAUUCCGUCGCCCAGGUGCAGUCCCUGGUUCGCGAUGCCGCCUCUCGCGGCCUACAGGUGCGCGCCGGCGCCAAGGGCCACAUGUGGUACGAUACGCAGUGCUCCGACGAUGCGACCAUGAUUAUCCGCACCGAGCAUCUCAACGGCAUCUCCAACUUUUCGCUCGAAAAGGGCGCCAGCGAGGGCACCGUCGUCGUCGAGGGCGGCGUGACAUUCUUCCAGCUCGCCGACUACCUACACGAGCGCGGCGCCAACAUUGGCACCGGCCUGGUCAACUGGAAUGUCUCGCUCGGGGGCAGCGUGGCCAUGGGCGCGCACAGGACCGCGCUCCGCGAGGAUGCUGCUGUUGUGGGUGGUGUGCUGGCCAUGGACAUUGUCGACGGCUCGGGCGAGGUGCGCCGCGUGAAGAGGAACGAGACUGAUGAUGCCUGGCUGGCGGCCUCGACGUCCUUGGGUCUUCUUGGCGUUAUAGUCAGGUUGGAGAUGAAAGUUCAUGCCGAGACCAAGGUCUAUGCCAUGCAGAAAACUCUUGACGAGAAGGAUGUGCUCGAUGGCGACAUAUAUGGCAUGAUUGCCCCUUACAUGACAGCCAACUUCUGGUGGUGGCCAUGGAAGCGCAAGUUCCACUGGCGCUACUACGACGUCGUCCCCGACAACACCUCGUCGCAGAACGCCUUCCAGUCGACCUUUUCCGUCACUCCUCUCAAAGCGGCCGCCGCUCACGGCCUCCUCGACAGCGGCAAGUACCUGCAGUGGUCCAACUGGGCUGCCGAGGCCGCCUUCUUCGAUGGCUGGGAGAAGCCCAACUUCCACGACAAGGAGACGGACGCGGCCAUGACCACGUGGCCCGUCUACGGAUCCCACCACGACGUUCUCGUCGGCGGGCUCUACCCCAAGCAGACGCCCGAGUGGGACUACGGCCUGCACAGCUACACGCUGGAGCUCGCGUUCCCGGUAACCCGCGCCAACGAGAUGCUCAGGCGUGUCCGGCAGCUGUUUGACGACGAGCAGAAAAAGUACAUCUGGAUGACGGCCACGUAUCGCAGCGGCAUCAACAUCAAGUUUGGCAAGCCCCAUUUUGACUUUUUGGGCCAGGUCACGACCGGCACGGCAGACGGCCAGGACUGGAGCAAAGGCGCCAUCAUGCUGGACUUUCCGACCUAUCGCCCUGUGGUGGGCGACCACAAGCGGUAUAACGAGGAUUUCUACAUUCGACUCGCCAACAUCUUGAUUGACGAGUUCCCCUGUCGCCCGCACUGGACCAAAAACACGCGAGAUGUGUUCAAGCGCGCCGUCAAGAACCUUGAUAAAUCGGCAAGUUACAUCCGAUUCUUCUAUCUCGCUCGCUUCAAAGCCGUCAAGGACCAGUUUGACCCAAAAGGUCUGUACCGCAGCAUAGUUGGUGAAAUUAUUGGCCUGUAUGAUUGA